CCUGGAAUACAAUAAAACCCCGACAAGUGUAACAAACAGAGCCUGACUAAAAUUCAGGAAAUUCACCAGUUCGCGGGUACCUUUCUCCCUCUUCCGGGUCUUUCGAUCGGAAACUGUACCUCGUCUUCUCUGUUUCUACUUCACCUUUAUCACUUUACCAAACUCCUACAUUUUUGCUAGCUUUAACGUUGCCCAACAAACAGAGCCUGACCAAAAUUCAGGAAAUUCACCAGUUCGCGGCAGAAUGGCCUUGCAAACAGCAAGUCCUCCCAGUGCCCAAGUGGUCGGCAAUGCUUUUGUUGGACAGUAUUACCAUAUUCUUGUCCAUUCUCCUGAGCUGGCACAUAGAUUUUAUCAUGAUUCAAGCAUGCUAAGCCGACCAAAUGCCAAUGGUGAAAUGACAUCAGUGACAACCAUGAAAGGUAUAAAUGAGAAGAUUCUUUCCUUGGAUUUUAAGAACUGUGAGGCAGAGAUAAAAACUGUUGAUGCUCAGGAAUCCCAUAUGGGUGGAGUAUCUCUCUUAGUAACUGGAUGCUUGAUGGGCAAUGACAACUUAAGAAGGAAAUUUGUACAAUCAUUCUUUCUUGCUCCACAAGACAAUGGCUAUUUUGUUCAGAAUGAUAUUUUUAGGUAUGUAGAAGAUAGUGAAGUAUUGGAAAAGUAUCCAGUCAAUAACAUUGAUGACACCCCAGCAGUCCCCCCAUUCCCAGAUUCAGCUUUACGGUCUGACAUACCUGCUCCAGUUAAUGCUGAUCUCCCUGAGACUAGUGAAGCUCAAGAGGAAGUUGAGAGCCACUCCAUUUGCAUUCGGAAUUUACCCUUAUACACGAAAAAUGCUGAGCUUGAGGCAGAGUUAAAGAAAUUUGGACCAAUCAAGGAAAGAGGUAUUCAAGUUCGAAAUAGUAAGGUAUACUGUCUUGGCUUUGUUGAAUUUGUGUCUUCAACUUCUGCUGAUAAAGCAAUUCAGGCUUCACCUGUCACUAUUGGAGGGCAAAAGGCUGUCAUCGAGAGAAAGAAAAACACUCGGGUUGGCAGUGCUAGAGGUAGUUAUCCUCCUGAAAGAGAGAAGAUUCAGAUUGACAACAUCAGGGUACGUGGAAAUUAUGCUGGUGGCCGACGUUUUGAAGGGGAUUUCUCUGGUCGAGAUAAUCUGGGCAAGGUGAAGGUUAUCAGCAAGGGAGAGGGAGACAGGAGAGGUAACCGAUCAGGUGUACCGAGGCAGACAGUUGAAUAACUUUGGUCAAUCUGGUCCUUUGGUUAAUAUACAUUUAAACAUAUCUAGACUGAUCGUCAGGUUCCGAUGAAACCGGUUUGAGUGGCCAGUCCAGAUUUUGGUUUAUGUUGAUGGAAAUGAAUGUAUAGUUGAUCCAACUUUGAUUAA